AUGGAGCCGCUGCUCCAACAGCUGGACCGCUUCUCUGAGGUCCUGGCAGUCUCCCGUAGCACCCACGUCAAAAACUGGGACCCCGUAACUGUGGGUCGGGCUUUGCAGUGGGCUCGCUACCUGCGCCAUGUCCAUGGACGCUUCGGUCGCCAUGCCGGCAUCCGCGCGGCUUUGGAGCGGCGACUGCGCGAACAGGGGAGGCAGCAGGGCCGCUCUGGGCCGGGCCCAGUGUCCGAACUGACAAACUUCGAGUCCCUGGGACGCUGUGACAUCCUGUUAGCCUUGCGUCUGCUGGAGAACCGGGCCCUCGGGGAUGCUGCUUAUCACCACCUGUUGCAGCAGCUCUUUCCGGGUCCCAGCGUCCCCGACACCGACAGCGAAGGGGAGUCGCUCCAAGCCGGCCUGGCCCGCCUCGCCCGCCGCCGGGCCGCUGUGCACAUGCUGCGCGUCUAUUGCUCCCGAGAGAUGCCGGCGGUCCUGGAGGACACGCUGGUGAAGACGCAGGCGGAGCUGCUGCUGCAGCGUCUGCAGGAGGUGGGCGCGGCCGGAGCGGGCGGCCUUCUCAGCCGCCUCUGGGGGCGCUUGUCGCAGAAUAGCUUCCUGAAGGUGGUCGCGGCCGCGUUGCUGCUACCGCCGGCUCCCGGGCGACCCCUCCAAGAGGGCCUGGAACUGGACCGCCCCGGAGCACCCCGGGAGGGCAUGCAAGAGCUGGCCUCUUGGCUUUUAGGAAAUUCGGACGUCCGGGCUGCUUUCUGUCGCACCCUCCCAGCUGACCUGUUAGCCUCGGUGGCCGACCACCACGCGGGGCUCUUCCGAGUCUACCUGGGUCUGCUAACCGACUGGGGUCGCCAUCUGCACUAUGACCUGCAGAAAGGCAGUUGGGUUGGAGAGGAGCCUCAGGGUUUGUCCUGGGAGGAGUUGCACGCCAGGUUUCAGAGCCUCUGCCAGGCUGCUCCGCCCCUGAAAGAUGAAGUUCUAACCACCCUGAAGUCUUACAAGGUGCAGGAUGGAGAUUACCAAGUCCCUGGGCUUAGCAUCUGGACAGACCUGCUGUUAGCUCUUGGUAGAGGUCCAUGA